CUUAGUCGAAUUGUAAUGUCAGUAGUGUAUUCCCGGUUUUCUCUCACCCUCCUCAUUUUUCAAUUUUCAAUUAAUCAAUAAAUCUGGAAUCAAUCAAAAAGGGGCGAGUCACGUCUGAGGAUGGACGUAGCAGAUUAAAUUAGAUUUUAUUCCAAGAUUUAACUUAUAGUUUAAGGCAACCAAGUAAAGAUUCGCUGUUUUUAACCAAUAUCAAAGCGAACUUUUGUUGUAAUUUGCUCCUGUUUGGUAAUCUGCAAUUUGCCGGUAAGAAGGAAGGUGUGGGUUGAAUCGAUCGGUGCAUACUGCACUAUGAGAACAAGAUGAACGCCGACUUGAAGGAUGCGUUUUCGCGCAUCAAACCAGUAUGCGAUGUUCUCAUGGUGUGCCCGACCGAAGAUAGCAUUGCUGCGUAUCUUAGGCGCGUUGCAGAAUUGAAGAAAGAAGUGAUCCAGGAGCUUCAGCAGUACUUGUUAUUCCCACUCAUCACUCACUUGAAGUCCACUGAAACUGAGAAGAAACAUGAACUGCAACGGAAGCUGGUGGACUGUAUGAGAACUGUGUUGGAGAAGGUGGUGGUGAACAGUUUCGAGAUGUGCAUGAAGAUGGAAAUAGGGCUGCUGCAAAUUGUGUUUGAUCACACUAAACCUGGAAUGGUAGCAGACGUCCCUGAAGAACUAAAAUGCAGUGUGAUGACUUGCUUGACGGUGCUACUGUUGAAUGUGGAUCCCAAAUAUAGGGAGGUGAUGUUGAAGGCGCAUGUACCGUUGUUGGGCAAAGCAGUUUAUGUGUCCGUGCAUCUUGCCAAGUUGGAGAGGCUUAGGGCACUCAGAUUAGCUGCAAUACAAUGCGUAACAGCACAUACAGCAACUCACCCGCAGCUGACCACAGACUACCAUAUAACUGAUCCCCUUCAAGAGAAGCUGGUAGUAGACAUGCUAUCUCUGAUUCUGCCUGGUGUAAUGGGAGCGCUGCAAGAUGUCGCCACUUGUAAAGACAACCCUGGACACGCCCUCAUUGUGACAGCAAUAGACGCGAUGCAUCGGAUUUUGUGCCUUGCAAUGAACAAUAAAUACAUGAACCAAGCCACUGAGCCGACCGCCGAGGACUUUAUGAAUGUGUACCGACAGAAAGGAAACAAAGAAGUAAGCAAUAAGGUGGAUCCGAAAACCCUGCCGGUGAGAAGUGCUGAAUGGUUCAAAGUGGCCAGUCAGAAAGUGUUGAUCAUCAACCAGCAUAUAGUGGCGCUGAGAACACACGAACACUUCAAAGUGAGAAAGGAGCUCGCCAUUUACUUCGCCAGGAUGCUCGUAGAAUGUGAUGUUGCAAUGGUGUCGUCAGUUGCCUUAGCCCUGGACACACUCAUACUGUUGUCCAAAGACGAAUACCCCGAGGUGUCCGAAUACUGCAGAAGCGCCCUCUCUGCGUAUUUCGAAAACGCUUCAGAAGAAACACGAUCAAAAACGUUAGACUCGCUUUGCAAAAACUUCUUUACUGCUGUCAAUGGUCUACCUAGAGUUAUGAAUAAUAUUGAUUCGAGUCGCAAGUUGUCGAGUUUGAACCUAGUGCACGGCUACGUGAGCGCGCUGGGCGCGGGCCCGGCGCAGCGCCUGACGGCGGCGCUGAGCGGGCGCGACAACGUGCAGGCUGUCUGCGUCGCGCUGCUGCAGUGCGUCGCCAUACACGCGGACCUCACCAUGCUCACACAACAUGCUGUUAGAGAUGUAAUCUCUCCGCCUCCUGUUGGCUCCCCGUGGUGCAAGUUGAGGCAUUUGGAUGACGAGCAAUGCGAGCGUCGCGUACAAGAGAUCCUGAGCUUGCUAGGCGAGGCUGAAUGUGCGUCUCUCUUGUUGGACCAACUACUCGAGCUGUUCGAACUGGACAGGAGCGCCGAGGUCGUAUACAUCUGCAACUGGAUGGCGGCAGCACCAAAUUCAUCCGAGGAUUUCGUGAAGCGUAUACUGAACACGUACUUAGAGGAAGAUGUAUGGUACUUACCUCUUGAGGUGGGUGUGGCGGAGCCCGCUCUCAACCCGGAAGACACAUUGGAUGUAAGUGUGUACAAUCCGAGGUCUUGGGACAAGGACAGCGUUCCUGAUUUAUACGAAGGCGCGAUAGAGACUCGUUACACAGACAUUAGUUACCGCGUGGCGCGGACAAAGCCUCAUACAGACCCCAACAAAUGCGCCACGCUGGGCGACGCACAACGUAACAUGUUGCUCUCCUGCCUACUCACUGAGGGUGUCGGCGUGAUAGCACGACGUCUCAUGGACAAAUAUCAACCGUUUCUAUUGAAGACUUUGUGUUUGGUGCUUGAGAGAGUUGGCAGUAAGUACGAGAUGCUGCAUCUAGCUGGACUGAAAGCAAUACACGGCAUUGCCGUAGCUUGCGGCCACGCUACUGUGGCGGACCUUAUUAAACACAAUGCUGAUUACUUCACUAACCAAGUCACUGUUAGACUGAAGAAGGCCUGGAACUGUCAAUCAGCUCUGCAAAUACUCUCAGUUGUAAUGGAAUACAGUGACUCCAGUAUACUCAAUUAUCUCUAUGGAAUAGUCGAAGACGUCCUUGUUCAAAGUUGUGAUAAGUAUUACGAAAAAGAUCUGCAAGCAUACUUACAAGUUUUCCUAACAUUCGUGGAAUGUAUUCGCAAGUGGUAUGAAAUACCCGAAGUUGAGCCCAAGGCGACAGAAGAGAACAGAGAAAUAGACAUUUUAAAUGAUCUAUUGGUAUUUGUAGAAAAUAGAGAGACUGAGGAACGGUUGUUGAAUGACGAGGAGUUUGAAAAUAGAGCUGGUCGGAGUGUGGAGGAAAUGUACAGAGAAGAUAUGAGGAGAAGAGAGGAAGAAAUGUUGGAUUAUGAUGAUACUGUCACUGAAGAGAAACCUCCCUUGCCCCAACAUGUCACAGUAACCGUCACGAUACUCAAACGAUGCCUCAACUACGUGACCUCGUCACAGCGCGACAACUCAAUACUGGCACUACAAGUCCUUACUCGCGGGCUACCAAUAUUGAGGAAAUAUGAUGACGAGCUCUUACCAUUAGUGCACAAAUCCUGGGGGCCACUCAUCUCCAGGUUUGAUAAAGAACCCGCCAUCAUGAAGAGAGCGUUUGAUUUGCUUGUUACUAUGGCCGAGUUAGCACGAGACUUUAUUCGGGGCAGAGCCAUCAGGGACGUCCUACCGCACAUAUACAGUUUUCUAAACAAAUCAUCAAAGGAAAGCUACCUGAAAGACAUAGGCUCUGCGUACCGCAACAGUCAGGCGUACAGUCUACAACUAACCGCGUUAGCCGCACUACCGCACCUGGCGAUUGAUCUCAUGCUCGAAGACGAGGCGCUGGAGAAUGCUAUGACAUGCGUACAGCCGUACUUAUCUAAGAAACAACCUAAAGCGCUUCAGUCGUUAGCGGUGGAGUUCUUCAAAAGACUGCUGGAUUACAAUCACGGCGCAACCUGGUACCACCUUAGAACUCUGUGCAACAACGACCAAGUUCUUGAACCACCCACUCGAGAAUACGUGCAUUUAUUCCAAAUAGUCGGAUCUCCUUAUGUCGCCACAGAUAAAGAUUAUCAAAGUAAUAUUAAGUUAAUUUUUGAUAAUGUAUCGUAAUUAAUUAUAAAGAAUAAAUCAUUU